AGUUGCAUAGUACGAUACUCAUUCGUAUCAAAUCGUUGAGACUUACGGACUUACCCGAAUGUCAAGUGAAUUAUUUAGAGGCAUAUAAUGUUGAAAUUUUACGAAAAUCCUGUGUUAAGGCAGUAUGCUAUAGUCAUUAUUGUGAACCUGAGCGUGCUAAGCACUGGACUAGGCCUGGCAUGGCCAUCACCAGUCCUCGUGAAGAUAGCUGACAAGGACCAGACUAUCCUGCUAAGGCCUGUCACUGCUGAGGAAGGGUCAUGGAUCGUGUCCAUUGGGUUCUUGACGGGGAUUGUAGCCAACCUAUUCAUCGGAGGAGUCCUAAUAGACAGAAUGGGUAGGAAACCAUGUCUGAUCCUCGUCUCCCUACCCAAGUUUGUGGCUGGCUUCGUCUUCAUAUACGCCACUGAAGUGUGGAUGCUGUUACUGGGGAGAGCUCUCAUUGGCGUAGCUGAUGCUGGGAUCUUUACUCUAUUGCCUAUGUAUGCUUCGGAAAUUGCUAGUAAAGAAAUCCGGGGCAGCCUUGGCACCAUACUACAAAUCAUGUGUUCCUUCGGCGUUGUCACCAUGCUAUCUAUGGGACCCUUCAUCUCUUACAAAAUGCUGAACAUCAUCUUCACGGGAUUCAUCAUAUUUACUACAAUACCGCUGUUUAUGUUACCUGAUGGACCGUAUUCGUUGUAUUCUAGAGGUCACAAAACAGAAGCAGUAAAAGUCCUCACCUUCCUCCGAGGCUCAGAAUCACUAGCAAACGAGGAACUAAAAGAAUACGAAAUGGCUUCAGAAACUAACAAUACAAAAACCUCUAAAAGGGACAUAUUCACCAACAGAUUAUUCCUAAAAUCCUUAACCCUAGUACUGAUACUGGGUUUUGGAGCACAGUUCGUAGGUUUUAAUGCUGUGACCUUCUAUCUGCAAACGGUUUUGGAGUCUACGCAAACGUCAGUGAGACCAGAAAUUGCGUCAGUGACGAUUGGGCUGAUCCAACUGUUUGCUAGUUUUUGUACAACGGCUGUCACUGACAGGUUUGGGAGGAAACCCAUUUUGACUAUCACUUGUGUUGGCAUGGGGUUGGGGAUGCUCGGCCUCGGAACAUUCUUCAAGCUGAAAGAGGGAGGAGAAGUGACUGGCUUCUUAAACUACGUGCCUUUAAUAUCGCUUAUACUGGUGGUCUACUGUUAUAGUGCAGGUAUCGGCUCCCUAAUCUGGGUGAUCAACGCUGAACUUUUCGACGACCGUUCCAGAGGGGUAGGCAUGUCAAUAGCCAUGGUUGCAGGAACCUUAUUCGUCUUCUUAACCACGAAAUACUUCGCCAUAGUCUCCUAUGUCAUUGGUCCAGCAACCACAUAUUGGAUAUUCAGUGUAAAUUGCAUAUUGUUAUGUGUAUUCAUCAUGUUUUGUAUACCUGAGACGAAAGGCAAAAGCUUUUCGGAAAUACAGGACAUUUUGAGGGGGGAUAAAAAGGAGAAAAAGGGUAAUAGUGAUUGUUAAUUAUUGUAAUUUUUGGUAAGAAAUAGUUUGUAAUUUUGUGUGUAUAUAUGAAUGAAUUUUGUGUUAAUUUGUGUGAUAUAAAAGACUGUUCUGUUCAGUGAAUCUUAAGCCUUAUAUAUAUAGUGUAAGACAAGCCCUAUGAAUGUACUAUCUACGAAUAAGAUAGAUAAUAUACAUAUCUAUACAUACAUAUAAUAAAUCUGUAGAAAAGUAAUUUUUGUACAUUGAAGAAAUUGACAAAAAAAAUAGCCAGCAUGUUAAAGAAUAACUAACAGAACCCAUUUCCAUCAUUUUUGUAAUUUUUGUCUGUUUGUCUGUUUGUUCGUUCGGGAUUCACGUAAAAUCUACGAAUUAAAUGCAGACAAUGCUUAUAUACAAAAAUUCUACGUAACUUGGGGUAUUAUUUAGUUUUUGUUUCAUCGAAAUCGAUUCACUUUAUCAAAAGAUAUGAUAAAUUUUGUGAAUUCAAGAUGUAAAAUAUUACUACACGCAAUCUAUUUGUCAAAACUGUACAUUUGAAUGUUGUACUUAUAUUAGUUGAUCGGCCUAUUAUUAAUCUUUACACAGAAAAUCACACCUUUAUAAGUAACUUCGGAAGAAAAAAAAAAUGAAAAUUUUGUUUAGCCAAGGUUAAAGUAGCUCCAUCUGUGCUAAAUCUGUGGUAAAUAAAAUACAUCAAAUUAGUCAAAGGAGCGAGAUGGUAAAUGACAAUAUUACCAUACAUUCUUUAUAGAGGAUUAUUAUUUCAACAGAUGGAGUUGUGUAUUUUCCGUAAUUCACCAUAUUUUAACACGUAGUGUAAUUUUUCGAUAGACAUUUCAAUAGUGUUUGUCAGUUUGCCGUGCCACAUCAAAAUCCAACUAUAAUUAUUACCUUGAUGAAAAGAAAAUUAAUUCUCAGCCAAAUUUAAAACGGUGCCAUCUAAAUUAUUUUUUGAACAUUAUGUCAAAAAUGAUGACUUUAGUGGAACAAUUAAUUAUCGUUUAAAGUUACAGAUGGAGUUCAUAUCAGGAUUUUUUCAUAAACAUAGUUUAGCUUAUCUUCCACUAAUGUGCUGGCCUUAAAACAAAUUACUUUGAGUGAGUAGUAUUAAGUAGACCUUAAUUAUUUUUUCUGAUGCAAAAUAUGUAAACUUAAUCCUAGAAGAAAUGAGGAUCUAUCUC